AUGUUCUCGACACCUUACUCUCAUGCCGCUUCAAUGCACGGAAUGUGGCCACUCGCCGACUCUCACCCAACCGUUGACAAUUCGAACAACGUUGCCUCGGACCUGUUUGGGACCAUCGGAUAUGCCGCAGAGCCUUUCAAUCUGCCACUGGGAGGCACAGAGUGGGAUAUCGGCCCAUGGUGGCAUAGCCAGAGCCACAACAAGUCUGAGGCCACUCUGUCAGACGAGUCGUUAGAGCUCCUCUUGGGUCCCGAACCCGAGAAGGUCCCCGAUUUUGUGCCCUUCCCCGACUUUGCACCUGCCUUCGAUUUCGACCCUGCCGAAUUCGUGGCCGCUGCGUCGCCGCCACUGAUCUCCUCUCCCUUGAUGUUCUUCUCCGCUCCUGAACCUGCGCCCCACCCUGUCCAUAAUGCGCCGACUCCACCCGCUCAUCCACUCCUACCUAUGGCCACAGUGGUCUCCGGUUCUGUACCGAGCACCGUUCCUUCACUUCCUCUCCCUGCCGCCCCCGCCCCGGUUUCGCCGAUCACGUCCACCCCCAGUUCUGCACCUACGACUGGAAAGAGAACGAAGCGCGCGCUGUCCGACAGUGACUCUGCUGAGAGUUCGCAAACAGCGGCCAGGCCAGCGAAGAAGGCUCGGAAGUCAAAGGCAGUAGUUGAGGCCACCGAUGUGGCUGCCACGGACAAUAAUUAUGCAUCGCCGACGGUCAGUACUCUGCUGCACAUCAUGCAGGGGUUCGCGACGAAGCACUGGAGCACUCCGCGUGAGGUGAUCGAUCUGACGACCGACGAGGAUCACCCGACGAUCUUGAAGGAGACCACGAGGGAGCUCGGCGAGUUCACCAAGAGGGUUCUCGCAGAAUCUGUUCCGAAGGGUGCUCGCGGUGGGCGAAUGUGUGGCCCUGCGAAGUUUGCAGUGGCUCCAACACCCUCACCGGUUCUAGAGUCCAGGGCUGUAUCCUCCGUGACGGCGGCGACAGGUUGCAAGAGUAGAGCGACUGCGACGGACUCGAGCGAUGGUCGACAAGAUGCGGUCCCUGCAGCGAAGAGGAAGACUAGGGCUCCGCGGAAGAAGAGGAAUGCGGGAGUGGCGAGCAAGGGGAAAGCUGUGGAAGGGAAGGAUGGUUCACCGCAUGCCACGAAGGGAACAGCGACCACUUCAUCGUCGAAUGUUCGUGCGAAGGGCAAGCGGCCGGUGCGUAAUGUGGGCCCACCUACCAUUCCUCCUCCCGUGAUAGCUAUGCCUGUCGACUUCAUCCACCGUCCUCGUUCGUCUACAAGUGCCAGCAGUGCAGCGGGCAGUACCGGGUCGUCAAACGGUUCUACGGCUUCCGCGCCUGUCAAGAGCACAUUGGCGAUCCCGAUGCCCGUCGUGGCUAGCAAGGUCAUGUUCGACAUCUUCAGCCAGCGGUGA